ACCGUCAAAUUUUUGCAUUUACAAGAUAAAACUAAAAACAUAAACGUUAAUAAAUAAUUUAAUAAUUGUUUCAUAAAAAUGAAUUACACCGUAUAUUUGAAUAAGAUUCCGUUUUUAAGACAUAAUGGGAAGUCUUACGAAGACAUAUUGGAAAGCGUAUUCAAUUUAACCAAUCUUACAAAAGAGGACUAUUAUUUGCUCUAUAAUGGAAAAUUGUUAACGAAUACUACUGAAUUUUCAACUCGGAUUAAUUUUGACACUGAAAUCAGCCUCAAAGUAAAUGGUGGAAAAGGGGGUUUUGGUUCAAUGCUAAGAGCAAUUGGAGCUCAGAUUGAGAAAACAACAAACAAAGAAGCUUGUAGAGAUUUGAGUGGUAGACGGCUCCGUGAUAUUAAUGAGGAGAAAAAGUUAAAAGCAUGGCUAGAGAAGCAAAAAGAAAGAGAAGAAGAAGCAAAAGAACGAAAGAAAAGGAAGCUGGAGAGAUUAAUAGCGGUUCCCAAGCACGAAUUCAAAGAUAUUAAUUAUGAAAACGCACGAUCUGAACUUACGGAAAAAAUAAGCGAAGCAGUGGAAGAAGGAUUUAAAAAAGCGGAAAAUAGUAUUGCUAAGAGAAAAGCGGAAACGAUUACUACGAAAAGAAAACCGAACCUUUGGUUUGAUGAUGAUUUAAGUUCAGGGUCAGAUAGUGAUUCGGAAUCAGAGACCGAAUGUAAAAAAUUAAAGAUGAGUACUGAAUUGGAAACAUAUCACGACAAUAACUCGGCUGAAGUCUCGAAUUCUAGCAAACACAUUUUAAACGAAAGUAGCUCAAAUUCUAACACAUUUGAUAGUGGAUUAAAUACAAACGAAACAAGUUGUUCGAGUUCCGAUGUACAAAAAAGAGAUGUACUUACAAUUCCUAAUUAAAGAAUUUGUUUAAAAUAGUUAAGAAAAAUAAUGAAAAUUUUAUAUGUAAGUGUAAGUUCAGUUUACGUUUUUAGUAUCCAGCUUAAACUUGUGGUAUAAAAACAUAUUUUUCUUUAAAUAAAUUCAUAU